AAGCGUUUUGCGGAUUUUAUGGUGUGUAGAUUCUGCCUGUUGCCACCACAUAAUUUCUUUGAAGUGCAGCGAGGUUUAUAUUCUUAGAUAUCAUGUUGAUAGGAGAAGAUGAGCAAAGUUCUCGUGCUGUCUGUUGCCCUUCGUUGUUCAGAACUCCAUUUUCUCCUCUCCCCGCGGAGGUUUAGUGAUAGAAAAUCAGUGCAUUAGCAGAACUUAUUAGUAAAAGGUCAAUUUGGAACUGAAAAUUUGUUUGCCAAUUUACUUGGGCCGAAUUUGGAAUUUAACAUGGCAAAAGCUUUGCACCUGGUACGGUUGAUGUCUAGAGCAAAUCUAAACCCUUAUUAUCCUGAGACAUAUUAAGGGCCCGUUUGAGGAUUCAAACCCAGAUUUGGGACUAAGGCCAAUUUUGCUGCCUCUUUGUUGUAGAGAAAAAUUGAGUUUCUGCCCAUUCAAACGUCAGUCAUAGAAAAGCACCAAAAUUGCUGUAAAUCUUUUCCCUUAUCCUCCGUUCUAUGCAUAUUUACCGUGCUUAUUUUGAUUGAACUUCAAUUUAAGAGCUUGAGUUUAGAAUUUCAAAUCCUAAUUACUGGCAAAAGUUGAAAGGUGGAUAUCAAUGGAUCCUCGGGGCGGCAUUGAUAUAUUAGCACGAGCAAAGAGCUGAUGGUGUUCUUAUGAUUCUUCUGAACAAUCGAUACAUUGUUACGGUCAAUUUCGAAUUCCAUGCAAAUAAUCCAAUCAAAUUAACUGCCUCCAUUUUGCCAUUUUUCAUCUUCCCCAGGGAAGAUGGUAACCAUUCCUCAACCCUCAACUUUCCAGACGCCUUCCCUUCACUGUGCUUCCAGAAGCAGGAAAAGCAGGAAACAGAAACAACUAGAACAAAGGCACAAACAAUUCCACCAAAACAGAAAUAGAACCGCCCUUUCUUUCCCAAGUUCAUUCCCAACCCCACUACUAAUCAACCACAAACCUCAUACCCAGACCAAACUACAAGCCUUGGACAAUGUCGUUAAAGACCUCGAAUACUCUAUUGGAAAGGGCAUAAAAAUCGAUACCCAAAUCUUCUCUUCCCUCUUAGAAACAUGCUACCAGUUAAAUGCUAUUGGUCACGGUAUCAGGAUUCACCAGCUGAUACCCAACACUCUUUUACGUAAAAACACGGGUAUUGCAUCGAAAUUAGUCAGGCUUUACGCUUCCUGUGGGCAUAUGGAUGAAGCUCACAAGUUGUUUGAUGAAAUGGCUAACAGAGAUGAGUCGGCCUUUGCUUGGAACUCGGUCAUUGCUGGGUAUACUGAACUGGGUCUAUAUGAAGAUGCCAUCGCUCUUUAUUUUCAAAUGGAAGAAGAAGGUGUUGAACCGGACCAAUUCACUUUUCCUCGCGUGUUGAAAGCUUGUGGGGGACUUGGUCUAAUUCAAGUUGGCGAGGCAGUGCACAGGGAUUUAGUCCGAUUGGGGUUCGCAAAUAAUGGGUAUGCGCUAAAUGCUCUUGUUGAUAUGUACGCUAAAUGUGGUGACAUUGUUAAGGCUCGAAGGAUAUUCGACAACAUCGCUUGUAAGGUCUCUGUUUCCUGGAAUUCCAUGCUCACGGGUUACGUUCGUCACGGGCUGCUAGUGGAGGCAUUGCACACUUUCCGUAGGAUGCUUCAAGAUGGAGUUGAGUUGGAUUCAUUGGCAAUUUCCUCAAUUCUUGCAAAUGUAUCUUCUCCACAGCUAGGAAUUCAAAUUCAUGGAUGGAUUAUUAGGAGAGGAAUGGAGUGGGAUUUAUCCAUUGCUAAUUCCUUGAUUUUUAUGUACUCAAGUAAUGGUAAGUUGGAUCAAGCACGUUGGUUGUUUGAUCAUAUGCCGGAAAGGGACGUCGUCUCAUGGAAUUCCAUAAUUUCUGCUCAUUGUAAAGACCCUGAAGUGUUAUCUUACUUUGAGAGGAUGGAGAAGGAUGUUGUUUUGCCAGAUAAUAUCACAUUUGUGUCGAUCCUAUCUGCGUGUGCUCAUCUGGGUUUGGUGGAGGAUGGGGAAAAACUCUUUUCAUUGAUGACAAAUAAGUAUAGAAUAGAACCCAUCAUGGAACACUAUGCUUGUAUGGUGAAUCUUUAUGGGAGAGCAGCGUUGACAAGGGAGGCCUAUGCCAUAAUAACAGAUAAAAUGGAAUUUGAUGCUGGUCCAACUGUAUGGGGAGCAUUGUUAUAUGCUUGUUACCUCCAUAGGAAUGCAGAUAUAGGGGAGAUAGCUGCUCAAACUCUUUUUGAGCUGGAGCCAGAUAAUGUACACAAUUUUGAGCUUUUGAUGAAGAUUUAUGGUGAUGCAGGCAGGUUGGAGGAUGUAGAGAGAGUGAGAACAAUGAUGAUUGAUAGGGGAUUGUGAUUGGAAAUGUGCACUGGUACGAUCUAUAAACAGAGGAGAAAUCACGCUUGUGUUAGCCAUGCUCCCGCAGCUGUUAGCCGAGUCACAUCUUCCUCAGGUUAGGUGUAGUCGACUCGCCAUAACCCACAUUAUGCUAUAGGCUUCUUUUUCUUUCUUCUUUAGUUCCUUUUUCCCCCCCGAAAAAUAAAAAUAUUCAAAACUAAUAUGAUUUGUGAAUGGUAUCGAGGACCAAUUGAAUUAUUGCA